AUGUCAAACAACCAAGCAACCUUAUCAUGUUUUUCAUCAACACGAAUGCCAGAAAGACCCCUCGAAGAUUCUCUCGUUUCGAUACUUCGAUCCUCCAUGAUCCAAGGACCUUCUUCCCUCUUUGGACCUGCCGCUGAGAUGCCAUCCUUCCCCAGCAUGUCUUCUUCUAAUAGCCACAGCUGCCCCAGCCUAUUGGAUAUCCUUACCGAGGCGACGGAGAUUACCGGAGAAGACUUGGACCACGAUUCCAUGAGCGAUGAGAUGCAUCAUGAUAUCUUUCAUCAUACGGACAAUUCCAGUCUUUCUUCUCACGGACAACACCCAAAGCAGUAA